UUCCUUGCUCCCCACUUUUCCAAUAUUCUCCUAGCAGCGAAGGCUUCAACCCGGUCUAGGCUUUAGAAAUCCAGCUGCACUCACCAUCCGGCUCCAACCACACCAACCACUUUCUAGCCUACUGCCGGGUUCGGGUUGUAUCUUUCGUGCGAAAGAGUGAGGGAUCUUCUUUCACAACAUCAACUGUUGGAUCGGGUCACGCACAGAUCUCAAAUCAAUCUUAAACUUGCCGCACACAUUGUGAAGCGGCUAUUGCGAUAUCCCACGGUGGAUUCGUGCGAAGGAAGGUGAAUCUUCUUUCGCUCGAAAGAUACAACCCCUGGCCUGGCUUGCCUUACAAAUCAUAAAUAAAUAAAGAAGACCAUGGAAAGGGCCCUUCUUUUCUCAUUUUCUUGCAAAGCCACUCUUCGUCAAAGCCACCAACAUCACCACUACAGGUGACGGACUUGAAGUCUGCAGAGAUGGCGGGUAGAGCCAGCGGCGGCGGAGGAGGCUGGGGUCCAGGCCAGAACCCCGGCGGAUGGGACUUCCGAUGGGGAUCGGGCCAUGUUGGAGGCGGUGGCGGCGGCCGAGGAGGAGGGGGAUGGGACUACUGCUGGGGCUUCGGCUCCGCACCCCGGGGCGACGCUGGUUUUGGCUUCGGAGCCGGCUCCGCCGGACGAUCCGGGAACGGCGCCUACGGAUUCGGCUGGAGCGCUAACUCCGUUAACGGCCGCGGUGGUGGUGGUGGGGGUGGCGGCGGAGGCGGAAAUGGGGGCUUUGGGUUUGCUUUCGGCAGAGGCGGUGGAGGAGGCGGAGGUGGUGGUUGGAACGGCGAGGCGUAUGGAUUUGGGGGUCGCGGUGGCGGAGCGGUCUUCCCCAAUCCGCCGCCGCCACCGCCCCGCGGCGGCGGCGGAGCGUAACGAGAGGGAAAUUUGAAAAGGAGACGGAUCCACGAUGAUGGUUAUGUAUGUUGUUAUGUAUGAUAAUAAAUAAGUGGAACGUAUAUUUAUAAUAAAGGGAUCUUUAUACAAACAA